AUGCUCUCCACCCGUUCCUCCGCGAACUAUACUAAAGGUCGGAAAGUGAGCGACAUUGCUUGCAUAUUUGUGCAUGCUGGUGCAGGAUAUCACAGCAAGGAGAAUGAGGGUCACCAUCUCCAGGCCUGUAAUGAGUGCGUGGAACGGUCGUUGAUGUUGUGCCAAUGAGAAACUGACUGAAGCAGUGCAUGCAAAGCGGCAAUGGCUGUCAUGAGGGCUGGAGGUUCCGCCGUGGACGCCGUCGAGAUUGCUAUCAAGACUCUAGAGGAUCGUGAGAUCACCAACGCCGGCUUUGGCAGCAACCUCAGCUUUGACGGUGUCGUAGAGUGCGAUGCCAUCCUUGUUGACCACUUUGGCCGCAGUGGGGCUGCCGGCGCUGUUGCCCGUAUGCAUUGAUGUUGCACUCUUCUGACCACAUGAAGCUAACUUGUUUCUAGAGAUAAAGAAUCCAAUCUCACUCGCCCGUCUCCUUUUGGAUCAUUCCUCCCAAUCGCUUUCUCUACGACGCGUUGCGCCAAAUUUGCUCGUCGGUCAAGGAGCUACAAAGUUUGCAGUCGAGCACGGUAUGCCGGCCGUGGCAUACGACGACCUCAUUUCCGACUUCGCCAAGCAUCGUUGGCAGAAAUGGCGAGCGGACCUGUACAAGGCAGAGCGUCAUCGGCGCCGUAACUUGCCAGAGUAUAUGCAAUCGCAGGGGGAGUCUGAAUCAGACCACCUCGAUUUUCACGAGCAGAACACCUACCACGAAGACUCUCGCAAGAUACACGAGAAGGCUAUGUCAGCCGCCGUGUUCAACGAUGCUCAGCCUGUGUCGCCUCCGCCCGUAGACACGAGAGACCAGGACUCAUCUUCUUCGCUCGGACACCCUUCAUCUAUGUGGUCUGUUCCGGUGGCUAGAGGCUCAAGAGACACCACACCAGAGAAGCGUCAUCCUGACGAAUACAUUGAUCCCUCUGGCGAUCCAUUCCUCACUUCGGGUCAGUCUGCGGAGAGAAAUCCAUUUUCCAACAGCGCCCAGCACCUCACUCCAACGCGUGCCUUUACCCGCGUUCAAUCCCAAACCAGUGUUGACGGCGGCCAGCACCGAGGAGACUUGUGCCCUCAUGAAGGAUCCGAAGAAGAUGAGCUCGUCAUGCGUUCGACUGCCUCAGAACUUGCUGUGCUCGAUGAUGAUGCAGCGCCAUACUCAGGCCAGGACGAGUUUGCCGCGCAUUCUGGCUCGUUCGAUGCACGCCGGGCGUCGGAUUCUACGGUUGUACCCGCAAGACAGUCUAAGCACCAUACAGAUGGUCCUUCAGAAGAUCAGCCCUCGCUUUCUGCCACAACACCUCAAGAGGCGCCGUAUAGCAACUUUCAGAUGUUCACGCCCACCCCGCCGACCGAGAAGAGAGGAGACAUGAUCACGGAUACCGUUGGAGCCAUCGCCAUCGACAACUGGGGAAACAUCGCCUGCGGUGCUUCUUCUGGCGGUAUUGGUAUGAAACAUCGUGGGCGCGUCGGACCAGCGGCGCUUGUUGGCGUUGGUGCAACUGUUAUCCCAGUGGACGAGGCAGAUGAAGAGCAGAUGGCUGUCGCAACUGUCACUAGCGGCACCGGCGAGCACAUGAGCACGACAAUGGCGUCCAGUGUCUGCUCCGACCGGAUCUACAGGAGCGAGCGAAAGGCACCGGGAGGAGGCUAUGUUCAGGUCGAUGAGGAAGACACCGCAAUUCGAUCUUUUAUCGAGAAGGACUUCAUGAAUCAUCCUUCGGUCCAACAUUCUGAAUCAAGUAGGGCUAUCGGGAUGCUGACUGUGAAGAAGACCAAGGAUGGAGCGUACCUGUUUUUCGGGCACAAUACGGAUUCGUUUGCUCUUGCGAGCAUGCACUCUGACGAAAAGUCGCCGGUGUGCACCAUGAGUCGAAGCAACGGCGGUUCAUCGAUUGCGCAGGGUGGACGCAGAAUUCGUUGGCGAAGGAAGCAUUGA